AGUCGAGACUGGAGCGUCGCCGGGUUUACACGAUCCGAGAGCUUUGCAUCGCAGAAACAGAAGAAGAAGAAGGCAUUGAAGUCCAUAUCCUAUACCGAAGCUAUCAUGUUGAAGGCGGUGAGUGUGUGGUUCCAAGGGGCGGACCUAAUCUAAUCGCCGGUUCAGAUAUGAAAGUGGCUUCAAUUUAAUUUACUAUCAAUACCCAUCGAUUCACCUUGAUUACUCCGGAUGUUUGGCCCGCUGCAGAUUAUCGUUUUUGCCACUAUCUUGGUGGCCGUGGCCAUGGCCAUGCAGCCACUGGAGGACAAUGAGCGAACCCAUCAUCUGAACCACAAGCGCCAGUUGUCGCAACAGCACCACCACCACCACCAAAAGCUCCAGGAGGUGAGGCAUUCGGGCCAUGAUAGUCUGAAACAUGGUGGUUCCCACGUUAAGGAGCAUCAAGCGCAUCACUCUGAGCGAAAGGCCAGGCAGAGCCACAAGGAGCCGGGCCACAAGAAGAGUCACCACCAGAAGGAGCACCGCCAGCAGCAGGACAACCACACCCGCAAAUCCCGAUCGCAUUCCAAGGGCAGCAAGCAGCAUCACAAGCGGCACACGGGAUCGCGUCGCCACUAGGAUAAUCCUGUAUCCUGUGGCCAGGAUAUAUUCUAUUUAAACUCUAGCCAAUGGAUUCCUUAUGCGAGGAUUAAACUCCGAAUACAGUAAACACUCGUAUAAUUGCAUGUAUGGCAACAGUAAAGCCAAUCUAUUUAAAUGUUUACAAAACUACUGUGAAAUAUAAGCCAUGACCAAAUAAACACACAUUUCAUAAAUGAUAUUAAUAUCCAC